CCCCGCCACAUAUCGUCGCUCGAGGAACCACCGGUCACGAUCGGUAGCACCCGGAUGCAUCGGUGGCAGAGGCCCUGCUAAAUCUCUCCCGUUGUUUCCCCCCGACUCCUCGCCCGGCGCGAGCGCCCCCCCUGCCCCUCUCUCUCUCCGCAUCGGCCUGUCGCCUCGACAGGACUCGACCGGGUAGCGCAUUGUCGUUACCCCGACUGUCGCUUCAAGUCGAACCUUCACUGUCGGAAAAAUGCUAGAAGACAAGUACAUCGGUCUGGCGCUAGCCAUGACCUCAAGUUUAGCCAUUGGUACCAGCUUCGUGAUCACCAAGAAAGGGUUAAUGCACGCCGAGGAACGGCAUGGUUUUGAGGGCGAUGGCUUCGUCUACCUGCGCAGUCCCAUCUGGUGGGCGGGCAUCAUCUGCUUGGUUCUCGGAGAGAUCUUCAACUUUGCGGCAUACGCCUUCGCCCCCGCUAUCCUCGUCACGCCCCUCGGCGCAUUGUCCGUCUUGAUAGGAGCUGUGUUGGGUUCCUACAUCCUCAAAGAAGAGCUGGGGACCUUGGGCAAGCUGGGAAGCGCAAUCUGCCUGAUCGGGGCUGUCAUCAUUGUCUUGCACGCACCCCCUGACGAGGAGAUUGAAACGGUUGACCAGAUUCUCAACUAUGCGAUUCAGCCAGGGUUUCUGUUGUACGCCAUUUCUGUCUGUGUCUUUGCGGGCGUCAUGAUCUACAAGGUCGCCCCGGUCUACGGGAAAAAGAACCCCCUCAUCUACCUGAGCAUCUGCUCUACCGUGGGGUCGGUUUCGGUCAUGGCCGUCAAGGCGUUCGGCAUCGCGCUGAAAUUGACCUUUGCGGGCCACAACCAAUUCUCGCAUCCUUCGACCUAUGUCUUCAUGAUCAUCACCGUGGUUUGCAUCCUGACCCAGAUGAACUACUUCAACAAAGCGCUAAGCCAGUUCCCCACCAACAUCGUAAACCCCCUCUACUAUGUCACAUUCACUACCGCCACGCUCUGCGCCUCCUUCAUCCUCUUCAAAGGCUUCAACACCACCGAAGCCGUCAACACGCUCUCCCUCAUCUGCGGCUUCCUCGUCACCUUCACGGGCGUCUACCUCCUCAACCUCAGCCGCAACGACCCCAACGGCACCAAGAUGCUCGCGCGGCGCAGCAACGGCGACACCACGGGCACCGACAUGAUCUCGAGCAUCCAGACGCGCAUGAGCAUGGAGGCGCGCCGGUCGCAGGGCGGUCCCGGCGGCGGCGGCGGUGGCGACCGCGGCGACCGCGAGGGCCUGAUCCACGCCUACGACGAGGAGGAGGCCGCCGGCGGCGGCUUCGGCCUGAACGAUCUCGCCGAGGACACCGACGAGGAGAGCAGCUCCGACGACCCCCGCUCCCCCAUGAUCCCCGCCUUCCAGCCCCAGAGGUCCAACGGCCACCCGCCAAACGGCGCGGGCGCCGCGCAUCUCGCCGUCAAGGGCGGGAAUGGGGCGAUAGAACUGCAAAAUCGCAAGUCGGGGGAGAGGUGAUCAUUGCGUUGUUGGCUUUUUUUCGGUUGUUCUCUUUUAUUGUUGCCUUCCCUUUGUUUCUUCCUUCCACUCUUACUUUGCUGUUCUCCCAGGCGCCCGUCAGACAGACGGCGCUCUCUACAUCACUUCGGUUUGUUUGUUGUUGUUGGUC